AUGUCGCCUUCUAUUCUUGGGCUUGUGGCCUUCUCGCUCCAUUUGAUCUCUGCCGCCGCUCAAAACGGCUCCAAUGUUGAAUUGAUUGACCCAACCACUCGAUUUUCGGACUUGAAUCUUAGCCUUCCCCUAAAUGCGAGUUUCCCGGUUCUUCAGAGCACGUUUGAAACCCAGCCGGAUUGUGGCGAACAGGCCUACCGUGGCUACGGAAGACUGCGGGGCCUCAGGUCUCUCAUCACUGGAGGUGACUCUGGUAUUGGUCGUGCGGUAGUUAUUGCGUAUUUAAGAGAGGGCGCAACUGUCACCAUCAACUAUCUUCCCGAAGAAGAGUCUGAUGCUCAAGCUCUGGCAGACUUUGUCGCCGAGGAAGGCUACAGCAUUGAGCGGAUCCCGGGCGAUCUCCGAAACGAAACCUUCUGCGCUGAUCUUGUUACAGAGGCGCACAGCCGAAUGGGAGGCAUCGAUAUAUUCGUUGGCAACGCGGGAUAUAGUGGUGUGACAGCUGGUCCCAACGCCCCCAACAUUACGAAUCACCCGACCGAGCAGAUUCAACGUACAUUCGAGACCAACUUUUACGCAAACUUGUGGCUCGCCCGAGCUGUUGUUCCCCUGCUCCCCCGUGGCGGUAGCAUCAUCUAUACCGCAUCCGGAACAGUUUCAAAUCCUGGUCCUGGAAACCUCGACUAUGGCUCAAGCAAGGCGGCACUAGUUUAUUUCAUGCGUUGUCUCGCGAUGCAAGUAACCUCGUCUGGUAUUCGUGUGAACGCGGUGGCACCAGCUUUGGCAUAUACUCCUUUUCUAGCGGCUUCAGGUUUCACGACGGAGAAUCUAAGUGGGGGAUCGUCUCCCAUUGGACGCAUCGAGCAGCCGGUAGAGCUUAGCCCGCUGUAUGUCGACCUGGCAGCUCCAGAUAAGACGUAUAUCUCGGGUGAGGUCUACACGGCCAAGGGUGGUUCCCUCGGCCUAUAA